GAAGUCAGUUUAGAUAUUGCACAGAGGCAAAGUUUCAGUAAAUGAAUUCUCUCUUCCAGUAAGUUUCGGUGUUAGAAGAUUGCUUGUAGGUUCAUUGAAAUGUGUGGAAAAAAAUAUAUAACUAGUAAAUUCCACACUUAAGCUUUGUUGUGUACAGGUGGGACAAAACUUCAUUAUUUCAUUCGUAAGUCUAAUGGUGAUUUUUGUACACCAGACUUGGUUUCGUGAGAGAUGCAGCCCACAUGUCUGAAAAAGGGAAAGACUGUGGUUUAUUGACAUGCAUCUCAGACUAAGAUGUAAAAGUAGACGAAAAGUCAAAGAGGUUUAACAUUUAGUGUAAGAGGGGGUCUUGCAUACUGGCUGUAUUUCAUAGAUAAUACAGGAAGGAAAAAAAGACAUCCGCCAGUUUGUCCUGCAUAAGUCCUGUUCAACGGAUUUUGCUCUUGUGGUUUAUUGGCUUAAGAAAAUUUUGCUGAUCUUUGGCAGCAGAGAUUUACUUCAUGAGUGUAUGUACCACGGAAGACUACCACCAUCAUUUUCAUAAAUGAUACUUUGAAGUCAUCUGCGAAGUUUCACUAUGACGAACUGCUCAACUAAAGAAGUGGACACUUUAAUGCAGAAGCUGGACUUGAUCAUUUACGUGCCCGUCUUGGUGUUCGGCUUGGCAUUAAACAGUGCAGCACUGGUGGUGUUUUGUCAGCUGCUCAGAAAAUGGACGGAGUCCUCCAUCUACAUGACCAACCUGGCACUGAUGGACCUGCUGUUGCUGCUGCAGCUGCCCUUCAAAAUGCACGCAAUACACCACAAGUGGGCUGAAGACAAGAAACUCUUUUGCUCCUUCCUGGAAAGUCUUUACUUUGUUGCUAUGUACGGUAGCAUCUACACAAUUGUGUGCAUAGCCAUAGACCGAUACAUCGCAAUAAACCACCCAUUUCGAGCCAAGCAGGUGCGUUCGAAAAAAAACGCCUUGAUUGUUUGCAUUUUCAUCUGGGUGUUCGUUAUGGUAGCAACUUCACCCAUCUACACCUUCCGGGACUGGGGGGAAACGGAGAAGAAUUUCAACUGUUUCCAUGGCUUCUCUAAGAAGGGUUGGAGCACUGCAAUAAUUGUGUGCCUGGAAGUCUUUGGUUUCCUGUUGCCUGCCGCAGUACUGGUGGCUUGUUCCAUUCAGAGCAUCCGUACUCUCAAAGCCUCAAAGUACAGUGAACACAAUAGGCAAGCUGGUGUGAGAAUCAUCUACAGCAGCCUAGCGGCCUUCCUAGUGCCCUUCACUCCCUGUCACGUGGCCAUAUUCCUGCAGUAUCUUGUCCGUAACGAAUUUAUUUUAGACUGCAAACAGCAAAAGAACAUUGCCCUUUUUAUACAGGUGUCAAUAAACAUUGCAAACGUGACCUGCUGCUUGGAUGCACUGUGUUACUAUUUCAUCGCAAAGGAAGUCCGAUCCACCAAGGACACGCUUGGUCCUUGGAGACUGUCCAUCAGCAGAGCAAGAACCACCAGCACCUCAGAUGUUUGAGAAGUCGAAUUCAGUUUAUUAGACUUUCAAAAUGUGUGUUGAUGGCUUUCCAGUGGAAGUAAAGUUGUGGUCACACUAGUGAAAUUUUAACGUUGAAAAAAGUCUAUUGUCAACAGAGUAGCGACGUGUGAAGAACAGCUCACCAAAAAAAAGUAACUUUCUGUUGGUCAAUUUAGCAAAUUCACAUGCCUAAAUCCGCUGCAAAAUCUUUCACCCUGACACAAAAUAAAAAUUUGUGUGGAUUCCUAGUGAAAUAACUGGAUUUCACCCAUGAAAAUAUACCAAAAGAUAAAUGUGAGAAGACUUCAAGAAAACAUUUUGGACUAGGUUAAUGCAUGAUUUAAUUGACAAAUUAUUACUUCUCUCAUUCUAGUUUAAGGCACAUUUAACUCAAAAAAUGAAAAUGCUGUCAUCAUUUGGUCAUG